AUGAACCAAAACCGUGAACAAACCGUAAAACGGAUACCAAAUUUCACAAAGAGUGAGAAAGAAUGCCUUAUGAAUUUAAUAUUAAAUAAUUACGCUGCAACAUUAGAAAAUAAAAAAACCAAUAGAGUUAAUAUGCAGGAGAAAAAUGAAAUAUGGAAAAGAAUCGAAUGCGACUUUAAUAGUAAAGCGCCUUUAGUUCAUUAUAGAAGUGCUGAGCAAUUAAGGAGACUUUAUGAAAAUAAGAAAAAGGAACUUAGGAAGAAACUAGCAGAGCAUAAAAAACAGACCUAUUUGACAGGAGGUGGCCCUCCACCUACUGAUAUAAAAGUUGAUGCUAUUGACAAAAUUCUUAUGCAGAUAGUAAACAAAAAGAGUCUCAGCGGUUUUAGCGUAGAAUAUGACUCUGACAUUGUAGAUGAAGCAGAACCAAUCCGUAAGAAGAGUAAAGAGGAUGAAAUUGAAGACGUUAUUUACGAAUUUGAAGCAAGUGAGUUUAAAGACAUUGAUAUAAUCGAGAAUAUUAUUGAAAAUGAACAAUGUCCAAAAAGUAUAAGUAAAAGAUGUCCUCCACAAGGUUUUCAGAAACCUUUAAAUGAAAAACUAAAAGUACAGCCUACUUUAAAAGUUAUGCCACCUACACUAUCAUUGUCUUGUGUAAGUACUUCAGGUACUUCAAAUUCUAAUAAAACUCCUAAAUUUAGUGCUAGAAGAAGACCAACUGGAGGAGUUAAAACUCUAACUUCUUCAGAUUUUGCAGAAAAAUAUGUUUUAUUAGAUAAACGGUCGAUUCUUGUAGAAAAACAAAUUGAACAAAUAACUGAACAACAAUACUUUGUCAGAGAAGAACAGAAACGUAAACUGAAGAUAUUUCAACAGCAAGAAGACAAUUUGAAUUUAGAAAAAGAAGAGAGAAAAAUGAAAAUAGAACUACUGCAACUGGAAAUUAAUAAAAAAAAGUCCUAA